UUGUGGACGGUGAAGAUAGCAAUUGAGCGGGAAAAGGGUAAAAUGAAAAGAAAUUGAAAGCAGAAGCAACGGUAGCUACUAAGCACCAAAUAGCCAUCUUCCACUCUCAACUAAAAUGGUAGAACAACAACAACACCCUCCCACUCUCAAACUACUAUUCCUUAAAGGACCUCUCAAAGAUGAAACCCUUCAAUUCCCACCCGGAUCCACUAUCAAAAUCGGACGUGUCAUCCGCGGCAACACUCUUCCCAUCAAAGAUCCCGGCAUCUCCACUAAACACCUCUCUAUUUCUAUCGAAUCCAACCAAUGGACACUCCGCGAUCUACACUCCUCAAACGGCACCGUUUUAGACGAUACAACUAUUCCCCCAAAUACCCCUUUCCACCUCUCCGAUGGUGCCACUAUUAAGAUCGGUGAAACCACCUCCUUCCUUGUCAACUUCCUCCAUCCCCAAAAUAACUCUACAUCUGCCGUUUUUGAAGAUAAACCAGUAAGGGGUAGAAGACCUAUUAUUAAUACUAAGGCUUUCAAAGCUAGGGUUCCUGUUCACAGUAUUGACGAAAAUUCUACUUUUAAUGCUGGCGAUGAAUCCAGUUAUGUGGUUCGACCCGAAUCUGUUAGGGUUACCCGAAAUUCGAGGAAUGCGCGGAGUGGGGUCAAGGUUUCUGAUUCGGUUGUUGGUAAUUUGAAUGUUCUGGAGGAGAAGGUGGAAGAACCGAAGAACACGCGUGCCAAGCGGAAUUUGAAGAAUAAGCAGAAAGUGGUUGAGGUUUCUGAAUCAAGUAUUGGGGAUUUGGAUUAUUUGAAAGAGAACGUGGAAGAAUCGAAGAAUAAGAACAACGUGGUUCAUAUUUCUGAGUCAAGUUAUGGGGAUUUGGAUGGUUUGAAAGAGAAGGUGGAAGAACAGAAGAAUGUGGUUGAGAUUUCUGAAUUAAGUAUUAGGGAUUUGGAUGGUUUGAAAGAGAAGGUUGAACAACCGGUGAAUACACGGGUUACUCGAAAUGCGAGGAAGAAAGGGAAAGUAAUAAUUGGGGAAAAUUCAGUUUUGGUUGAUGAGGUGCAGAAUCUUGAGAAAAAGAAAACGAGGGGUGGUGCCAAGGGAAGGAAGAAGGUACAGGAAGAGUGUGUUGGAGAUGGAGAUGCUGGUGAUAAAGAGAGUUGUGAUGAUGGAAAAGAAAAGGAGAAUUUGAAUUUGAAUGUGGAUCGGAACGAGAAUGAAAAUUGGCCUGAUUUGGAGAAGAUGACUCUAGCUGAGUGGUUUGAUUUCUUGGAAGUUUAUUUGCCUAAACAGAUAAUUGAUGAAACCGAAGAGAUGUUUGCUUCCAUGAGACAAAAAGCUGAGAGACUCCGCGAGUAUGUUACAAUGCAUCAAAAUCAAAAGCUUGAAGCUGAAGCGCCUGUGUAAUAGAUGCCGAAUACUCAUGUGCCAUGUUCAGAACAAUGCCACUGCAGUAGUUCUCUAGAAUCCUAAUAUAUUUAGUUUUACUGAUUGUUAUGUGAAGGAUUAGCACAAUUGUUAGGUAGUUAGAUUUUGUUGAUUGGAUUAUUUGUUAGUUAGCACUCUUCAGAAUAUCCUAUGAUCACUUAUAAAUAUAAAUUGUACCUCUCUAUUAUUGCUUUUAGGGAAGUAACUCAAAUUUAUGAUAACUAUUGUUUUCUCCCGUGCAUUCUGCAAUGUUGUUUCUCCUUUUCAACAACAAUUUUUGCUA